GAAUGACUCCACUGACGUUCCUCCUACCUCGGUUUAUGUACUUUAAAUGAGGCCACAAAGGUCAGCAAAGCUUUUUCUUCAGCAUCUGUGGUUUUAUUUAGCGGACGGGGAAACAUGGAAAUGUACCGGAUAAGAUGAUAAAAAAGUAGCGUCAAUCAUGUCCUUUCCAACCAAAGAGGAGCGCUCGAAGUGUUGGGGGGCCAGAGACAAAUACUGGGAAUGUCUGGACCAUAAUAAAGUGAAUGAAAAAGAUAGUGCAUGUACAGAAUUUAGGAAAUUGUAUGAACAAUCCUGUUCUGCGCAGUGGGUGACGCAUUUCGACAGGAGACGGAACUACCUCAAGUUUAAAGAGAAGAUUGAAAAAGAUGGGUAUGAGCCGCUUGAUGAGAAAAAUUAAGCUUUUAUAGUGUGUAGUGUAAUUUUAUAGUGAAUAAACUUUUUGAAGCAAG